AUGGAGUCAGAUCUUCAUCAGCAGCAACAACCACAGGCUAAUCCUUCAGGUUUAACUCGGUAUCGUUCAGCACCAAGUUCAUAUUUCAACAACAUCAUUGACAAAGAAUUCUACGAGCAUGUUUUCAAUCGACCUUCAAGUCCAGAAACAGAGCGAGUAUUUUCAAGGUUUAUGAACAGUUUAGGUUCAGAAGAAGAUUUACUCACUCCAAAAAUCUCUGUUGAAUCUACGGUAAAAGAAGAAGAAGAGAUUGUUAAUGUUAACAUUAACCAACAACAACAAGAACAGCAACAAGAACAAGAACACAUGAUUCAUCAUCAUCAGAGUAAUAACUAUGAACACAACCCUGUUUCUUCUCAUGGUUUUUAUCAAACCUCAGUGAUGCCACCUUUGCCAAACCAGAAUGUUGUUUCUGGUUUGGAUGCAAGUUUUCAGAUGAAGAGUCAUGGUGGAAAUAAUUCUAAUCUUAUUAGACAUAGUAGUUCACCAGCUGGAUUAUUUUCUCAAAUCAACAUUGAAAAUGGGUAUGUUAGUAUGAGAGGAAUGGGAAAUUUAGGAGCUGUUAAUAGUUCUAUGAAAGAUGCAAAAUUUUCUACUGGAAGGAGUUUGAAGAAUUCAGCAAACUAUUCAUCUGGGAUAAUGUCAACAAUAGCUGAAGUUGGGGACAAAUGCAAUGAAGAAAAUAAUUUAGAAAGUGAAGUUUUUGGCGAAAGUCACGGAAACGAUUAUAUCGCGGAUUAUCAGGUUGUUGAUACUUGGGAUGAUACCGAAAUGAUGUCCGAAAAUGUUGGUGGUUUAAAAAGAUUUAGAGAUAGUGAUUCGAAACAACAAUUUUCUGCAGGUUUUAAUGCAGUUGUAGUUCAGAAUGAAACAGGAGGACAUUCAUCUUCUCCAUUGGCUCAUCAGUUGAGUAUGCCAAAUACUUCAUCUGAAAUUGCAGCUAUUGAGAAGUUUCUGCAUUUCUCGGAUUCUGUUCCGAUGAAAAUUCGCGCAAAGCGCGGUUGUGCUACUCACCCAAGAAGCAUAGCCGAGAGGGUUAGAAGGACUAAAAUUAGUGAACGUAUGAGAAAGCUACAAGAUCUCGUCCCAAACAUGGAUAAGCAAACAAAUACAGCAGAUAUGUUAGACUUGGCUGUGGAUUACAUCAAAGACCUUCAAAAGCAAGCUCAGAAGCUUCAAGAUUGUCAAGCAAAGUGCACUUGCUCACACAAGAAGCCACAAUAA